CCCAGUGACAGAGGCAGUUGUGCACAGUGAUGACUUAUAAAAUAACAGCUCCUUUAAUAUAUUUAUAAAUUCAUUAUGAAGAUCCUCCACAUCUUCAUCCUCUGCCUGAUCACAGUGAGGACUUUGGCCAAUAGAACAGUGACUGCCUACACAGGGGGAGGAAUCAACAUCGAGUGCAGCUAUGAAGAUGUACACAAAAACAAAAUAAAAUCCUUCUGUAAGAUAGGAACACAGCAGAGGUGUUUGGAUCAAAUAAACACAGAAGCACACACGGAAUGGACCCAUAAGGGCAAGUUCUCGAUUCAAGACCGCAGAAGUGAGGGAAUCUUCAGAGUGUUGAUCAGAGAGCUGACCGUGGAGGACACUGGAAUAUACAGAUGUGCUGUUGCUGGCUCUGAUCCAAUGUCCACCUCCAUAGUAGUGAACCUGAAAGUCACAGAAGAUCUCUCCUAUGAGAAGGCCAUCAGUAAGACUGGCCGUGUAGGAGGAGAUAUAAACAUCAACUGUAGAUACCCAAACUCCUACAGGCGUGAGCCCAAGUUUUUCUGCAAGAUGUUGCACAAUGGUGUUUGUACUUAUAAAAAAGAUGGUAGAGAAGCUGUGAAAGAACAGAAAAUCUCUCAGCACGAUGAUCAAGCAAAGCAAGUGUUCACUGUCAGCAUGAAGCGUGUGAGCGAGCAGAACUCGGGUGAAUACUGGUGUGGAGUAGAAGCAACCGGGGAAUCUGAACAUGGAUACAAGGUCUACAUCACACGCAUCAACAUAGCGAUUACCGAUCCAAGUGUUCCAGUUUCAAAGCGACCUUCAUCCUUGUCAUCAUCAUCAUCAUCAUCAACAUCAUCAACAAGCACAUAUCUACUUCUCCCAACAUCUCAUCCUACGCCAUCUUCUCUUCUGACUGGAACUCCAGGUUUCAUCAUCAUGUCUGUAAUUCUGCCAGUGCUUCUGGUUCUUCUGAUCUCAUUUCUCACCGUGACUUUCUGCAGGAGAAUGGUCCCAAUUCCAAGAACCAUCCAUGAGGUUCCCUCUGCUGGCACCAGACGCCUUCCUAACACACUUUCCUCCACUGUUCAAUUACCCACAAUCCCUGCUGAUUCUUCACAUCCUGAUUAUGUCAACACUCGACUACCCACAAUUCCCUCAGAUUUUUCACAUACUGUUUAUGCUACAGCACAACUACCAUCACUUGCUCCUGAUCAGUAUGUCUGCUCCACGGCUUAGUUACGCAAAAUUCUCUCUGACGCCUCAGUCAGUGCUGCUCUGCUGCUGGGUGUGAAAUCUGGUGAAAGUCCAACAUACGCAGCAGUGAGUUUUGAUACCAGUUCUAAUGAUGCAGCUCUAACAGUGAUCUACAAGGACGAGUGUGACAAUGCUACUGUUAACGU